UAUAGAGGAAAAUAUUUUACUUUAUAAUUUUUUUCAAUUUUAUUUUUUAAACGUAUUUUUUCAGAUUGAACAUAAUUACUAGUAUUUUAUUCAAGAAAUAAGAUGCGUCUCUGCCUCUGAGAACAUGAAGUUAGAUAUAUUAAUAGAACUAUAGUAGCUCACCAGGAAUAAAAAAAUGGAUCCGUUUGGUUUUGGUUUCUUCAAAAACAACAGUCUGACUGAGAAAUUUACAUGCUUUAUAUACUAUUGGGUGGUGAAGAACAAGUACUUCUGCUUCUGUUCAUAUAUACAUAUAUAUUUAUACACACACACACAUAUAGUGAAAACAGUUAUGGUAGUUACUCAUGAAUGAGGCCAUUGUUGCAAAAAAGAAAAGAAAAGAAUGAGGUCAACGCGUUCGCUCAUUGGAAACUCUGUGGCCUAUUUGGCCAAGGUUUCGGUAACCCAUUGUCGGGCAAUCAAAUUAGGAACCAUCACAGAUACUUAUACAGCCAACAAUAUCUUAAGUGGCUACGCGAAAUGUGGAAAGUUAGGCAUUGCUCACCAGGUGUUCGACGAAAUUCCGGACAGAGAUACUGUGUCUUGGAACUCGAUGAUCAGCGGGUAUGUAAACCGUGGGAAAUUCGAGAGUGCUUGGGAGACUUUAAAAACCAUGAAAAGAUGCGGGUUUGCUGUUGAUGAUCAUACAUUCGGAAGCAUACUUAAAGGUGUUGCAUAUGUGGGGUUUGUUGAGCUCGGGCAGCAAGCGCAUUCGAUCGUUCUUAAGGCUGGCUAUGGGGGAAAUGUGUAUUCAGCAAGUGCUCUUUUAGACAUGUAUGCGAAGUGUGAUAGAGUUGAAGAUGCCCAUAUAGUGUUUCAGCGGAUGCCAGAACGGAACUCUGUCUCGUGGAAUGCCCUGAUUGCCGGGUAUGCAAAAGUAGGUGAUCGCGAGACUUCUUUUUGGUUACUAGAUUGUAUGGAGCAGGAAGGUGCGGGAAUUGAUGAUGCCACAUUUGCUUCGCUUUUGACAUUGCUUGAUGACCCUGAGUUUUACAAACUAACAAUGCAGGUCCAUGCUAAAAUUAUAAAGCAUGGGCUGGUAUCUGAUAACACUGUAUGCAAUGCCACAAUUACUGCAUAUUCAGAGUGUGGGUCCAUUGAAGAUGCCAAGCAAGUGUUUGACGCUGCUAUUGGCACCCGAGACUUGGUCACAUGGAAUUCCAUGCUAGCGGCUUAUCUUGCACAUGAUCAAGGAGCCCUUGCAUUUAAACUCUUCCUAGAGAUGCAAGGGCUUGGCAUUGAGCCAGAUAUCUAUACAUACACUAGUAUAAUAAGUGCUUGUUUUGAAGAAGCACAUCCAAACCAAGGUAAAUCUUUUCAUGCUUUGGUAAUUAAGGGGGGAUUGGAACAAUCAACAUCAAUCUCUAAUUCAUUGAUUGCCAUGUAUCUCAAAUCAAAUAGCAAAUACAUGGAAGACGCGAUAGAAAUAUUUGAAUCCAUGGAGGUUAAGGAUCGUGUUUCAUGGAAUUCAAUUUUGAAUGGAUUCUCACAAUAUGGGCUGAGUGAACAUGUAUUGAAGUUCUUUAGGCAAAUGCGAUCUGGUCCUCUAGAGAUUGAUCAGUAUGCUAUUUCUGCUGUUCUUAGAUCUUGCUCAGAUCUGGCAACCCUCCGUUUGGGUCAACAAGUUCAUGCCUUGGCACUAAAAUCAAGAUUGGAGCCAAAUGAUUUUGUAGCCAGCUCUUUGAUAUAUAUGUAUUCCAAAUGUGGGAUUCUUGAAGACUCUAGGAAAUCCUUUGAAGCAACCACUAAAGACAGCUCAAUCACUUGGAACUCGAUCAUUUUUGGGUAUGCACAACACGGGCAAGGUAAAUCGGCACUGGAACUCUUCUUCCUAAUGAGAGAGAGAAAUGUGAAGCUGGAUCAUAUAACGUUUGUUGCAGUUCUAACUGCGUGUAGCCAUAUUGGCUUGGUAGAAGAAGGCAGCAAUUUUCUAAACUCAAUGGAAUCUGAAUAUGGAAUUCCUCUCCGAAUGGAGCAUUAUGCUUGUGGGAUUGAUCUAUUUGGGCGGGCUGGAUGCUUAGACAAGGCAAAAGCCUUGGUUGAAGCAAUGCCAUUUGAACCUGAUGCAAUGGUAUGGAAAACUUUAUUGGGUGCCUGUAGAAUUUGUGGUGAUAUUGAAUUGGCAACUAAAGUAGCAAGGCGUUUGCUAGAAAUAGAGCCUGAAGAGCACUGUACUUAUGUUCUCCUCUCUAACAUAUAUGGGCAUCUUAGGAGGUGGGAUGAAAAAGCUAGUGUAAAGAGGUUAAUGAGGGAGAGGAGGGUUAGGAAGGUACCUGGUUGCAGUUGGAUAGAAGUUAAGAAUGAGGUGCAUGCUUUUAAUGCAGAAGAUCAUUCUCACCCUUACUGCAAAGAGAUUUACCAGGUGUUGGGAGAAUUGCUGGAGGAAAUAAAGAGUUUAGAAUAUGAUACUAAUUUAGAACUUCUUGAUUGUGCAAAUUGAGAACUUUUUGAUUCAUGAUUUGGAUAAUGCAGAUUGAUACAGUGAUUCAAGAUGUGAAUGAUUUCACUUCACUUCCUCUCUGCAUGGCGACUGUUGCUUGUAAUGUGCGAAAACUUUCUUGUCCGGAUACAUUUUUAAAUUUUUAAUUUUAGUUGAUAGUAUCAAUUUAUUAUUUAUGAAAAUAUAAUGAAAUAUGUGUUCCAGAACUAA